AUGGUUUCCAACAUCCCACUGCCUGAGAAUAUCUCAAGUGAUGCUUUCAGAAAAUUGUUGGACCGAUAUCCAACAUUGAUCGAAUCGAUAUCCAACCGCAAAUCAUCCAAGCCUGGUCAGAAGACAUUAGUGGAGCUGGAUGAAUUUCGCUACCAUGACGCGACCAAACUGUUUAGUUCCAAGAGCCCUAAACAGCAGAUGAGCCAUGAUGAUGUGAAGAUACUGGUAGACUGGAAGCUUCGCCAUGGGAAAUUUCGGCCAACUCUCAUGAAGCUUGUCUCAUCCAACGAUGCAGAGGCAGUAAAGGAGACGGUAGAAAAUGCUAUGAGAGCAUACUGGAAGUCACCGGAUGCCAAUGCCGCUCUCGGUACGAUAUCAAAACUAAAGGGCAUCGGCCCUGCCACAGCAUCACUGCUGCUCUCUGUUCAUGAUCCAGAACGGGUCAUCUUCUUCUCCGAUGAAGCCUUUUGGUGGCUCUCCUGCAGUGGAAAGCAGACGCCCAUCAAAUAUAACGCGAAGGAGUAUCAAAAACUAAACGACUGCGCUCAUGCUUUGGUAAAGAGACUCGGCGUAAGCGCAACGGAUGUUGAAAAGGUUGCGUAUGUGGUGAUGAAGGAUGAGCCGUUGCCCGCGGCUGAGGGAGACACAACACUAACGCCGUCGGCCGCGAAACCUGCUAUUGGAGACGUCAAAAAAGCCGGUACGAAGAGAAAAGAGAAGCCGGAAUAUGAAGAUGUACCAGACUCAUCCCUGAGAAGAUCCAAAAGAAGACAAGCUGGACGAUAA